AUUGUUUCCGGUAGGACCAAUAAUAGAGUAGCAAACCAUUUCUGACAAACAUCCGUAGUGCAGACCUGUGAUAGCGUCAUAUCUUGGAGGUGUGAAUGAGGUCUCUGCUGAGUUUAAACAGACCUACCGGCUUUAGUUGGAUGACUUCUUUAAAACUUCGUCUGGCACGAUCAAAUUUUCUUCGCUCUGGUAUUGUCGUCGUGGUUAGAUACUUCUUCGCUGUUGUUAUGGACGACAUGGGUCUGGCGGUCAGUCGUUCACCGCUCGAGCGCCUCGAAUUUGACAAUGUCGCACUCAAGAAACUUCCACUGGAUACAUCAGAAGAACCUGGUCCGCGAAGGGUGACAGGAGCCUGUUUCUCUCGAGUAAAACCACAACCAGUGCUCAAGCCCAGAUUUGUGGCCGUCUCGAAUGAUGCUUUAGCUUUGCUUGGGCUGAACGCCAUGGAGGUUCUGAACGACCCACUGGGUCCAGAGUACCUGAGCGGCUCCAAAGUAAUGCCAGGGUCCGAGCCUGCAGCGCACUGCUACUGCGGUCACCAGUUCGGGUCAUUCGCCGGACAGUUGGGGGACGGGGCGGCCUGCUAUCUGGGUGAACUAAAAGCUCCAGCAGACCAGUGCUCAGAGCUGCUGCGAGAGAACCCCAGUGGCCGGUGGGAGAUUCAGGUCAAAGGAGCUGGACUGACGCCCUACUCCAGACAAGCAGAUGGGCGUAAGGUGCUGCGAUCCAGCAUCAGGGAGUUUCUGUGCAGCGAAGCAGUGUUUGCUCUGGGCGUGCCCACCACGAGGGCGGGGUCGCUGGUGACCUCUGACAGCAAGGUGGUACGGGAUGUGUAUUACAGUGGGAACCCCCGCAAAGAGAGGUGCUCUGUGGUCCUCCGCAUCGCACCCACCUUCAUCAGGUUUGGGUCCUUUGAGAUCUUCAAGGCGACUGAUGAGAACACAGGCCGCCAGGGCCCCAGCUACGGCCAUGAUGCGAUCAGAGGUCAGAUGAUGGAUUAUGUCAUAGAGACCUUCUACCCAGAGAUCCAGCAGAACCACACUGACAGAGUGGAGAGGAAUGUGGCAUUUUUCAGAGAGGUGAUGUUACGUACAGCUCGGCUGGUGGCCCAGUGGCAGUGUGUGGGUUUCUGCCAUGGAGUCCUCAACACAGACAACAUGAGCAUUCUGGGACUCACAAUAGACUAUGGCCCCUAUGGCUUCAUGGACAGGUUUGAUCCUGACUUCAUCUGCAAUGCCUCAGACAACUCAGGCCGCUACUCCUAUCAGGCCCAACCGGCUAUCUGCCGCUGGAACCUGGCUCGCCUGGCCGAAGCCUUGGACCCAGAGCUGCCCCCAGGCCGGGCAGAGGCUGUUCUGGACGAGUACCUGCCCCUCUACAACACCUUCUACCUGGGUAACAUGAGGAAGAAGCUGGGCCUGCUGAGGAGGGAGGAACCGGAGGACGAGAUGCUCAUCACUGAGCUGCUGCAGACCAUGCAUAACACAGGAGCAGACUUCACCAACACAUUCCGCUGUCUGAGCCAGAUCCCCUGCCCCACUGAGGGAGAUGGGGAAGCAGAGGAAGGAGUCAUCAAAAUGGCCAAAGACCUCCUCCUGGAGCAGUGUGCCUCUCUGGAGGAGCUCAAGGCUGCCAACAAGCCCAGCAUGGACCCACGUGAGUUGGCCAUGCUGAUGCAGUUGGCCCAGAGCAACCCGUCCCUGUUCCAGAUGAUAUCAGACCGGAGGACGGUGGCCAUGCAGCUGGAGAAGCUGGGCAGGCUGAAGGAGCUGCUUGAGGCUGAUGAGGUAGAGGUCAAGGCCAAGCACAGGGAGGACUGGGCCACCUGGAUCACCUCAUAUAGGCAACGUCUGGCUAGGGAGGUCGAGGCCCAGAGUGACCUCCAGGCACUGCAGGAGGAGAGAGUGAAGGUGAUGGAUGGCACCAACCCACGAUACGUUCUCAGGAACUACAUUGCCCAGAAUGCAAUAGAGGCAGCCGAGAACGGAGACUUCAGUGAGGUCCAGCGGGUGUUGAAGGUUCUGGAAAAGCCUUUCUCUACCCAGCUGGGUCUGGAGCAGACGAGCUGGCUGGGCCGGAGGGGGGCAGAGGGGCAGAGGAAUGAGGGUGGAGAGGAGGAGGAGGAGGCACAGCAGGGGGCAGAAGCAGCAUCAUCCCGAAUGCGUGUUCCCUAUGACAGCAAGCCCCCGGUUUGGGCCAAUGAAAUCUGUGUUACCUGAUCUUCGUAGUCCCUUCCCUGACAGUGAACCCACCUAAAGUUAGAAGCGAGUCAUUCAGUUUUUUCUUCACCUCUGUUUACCUUUACCUCUCCACUCUCUCGCUUUACUUGGGUGGGUAAUGUCAAGGAAAGUACAUUUAUGAGUUAAGAUGCUACUAUGUCAAUCAGUCAGUCUGUAGAGGAGAGGAUCUGUUAAGAGUUUUAGGAAAUUUCAGAGUACAACCCCAGAAAUUUGAAAUCACACCUUUGAUUCAAGUGAUAAUUACAUUUAUGGAAAUAUCACAUCUUUAGUAGAUCUAUACUCUUAAUACAGAUACAAAUCCCUCUCUGUAGAUCUGCGUAGCCUAUUGACUGUCUGGUUAUGAAUGACGGCCCAGACGUCCAGUCCCACAGUGACCCGUCUGAGUCUGAGAGACUAGGAGUAUCACCUCAAUAUAUCAUGUGUCUGUAUGUGUGUGAAAAGGAAUGAUUGUAGAUGAAGAUUUACAUAUCCUCUGAAUCGUACUGAAUGGUUCACAUAUGUGUAUGUGACUGACUGAGCCGCAAAUGACUUAGCGCACAAGUAUAACAUAAUUGGCAACUUUUUUUAUUUUAUUUUUUUAUUUCACCUUUAUUUAACCAGGUAGGCUAGUUGAGAACAAGUUCUCAUUUGCAACUGAGACCUGGCCAAGAUAAAGCAUAGCAGUGUGAACAGACAACACAGAGUUACACAUGGAGUAAACAAUUAACAAGUCAAUAACACAGUAGAAAAAGGGGGAGUCUAUAUACAUUGUGUGCAAAAGGCAUGAGGAGGUAGGCGAAUAAUUACAAUUUUGCAGAUUAACACCGGAGUGAUAAAUGAUCAGAUGGUCAUGUACAGGUAGAGAUAUUGGUGUGCAAAAGACCAGAAAAGUAAAUACAAGCUGGAUUUUACACUACCGGUCAAAAGUUUUAGAACACCUACUCAUUCUGUUUUGCAUAUUAAAUCAUAAAAUAUAUGUAUAUUUCCCAUGGUUUUCUUGGUUGACAAUAGCAGUUUUGAAGCUUCCUGGAAAAUGUAGGCAAUAGAUAGAAUGUUAUCAUGACCUACACCAAUGCUGUGGUGUUCUAUUUGUGCAAUGAAGCACUAAGUGGUCAGUAUUAUGGCUGCUAUGACAUAUAUACACGACCAGUAAAAAGUUUUAGAACACCUCAUUCAAGAGUUUUUCUUUAUUUUGACUUUUCUACAUGUAGAAUAAUAGUAAAGACAUCAACUGAAAUAACACAUAUGGAAUCUUGUAGUUUACAAAUAAUUGUUGGACAAAUAAAAAUAUACUUUAUAUUUGAGAUUCUUCAAAUAGCCACCCUUUGCCUUGAUGACAGCUUUGCACACUCUUGGCAUCUUCUAAAUCAGCUUCACCUGGAAUGCUUAUCCAACAGUCUUGAAGCAGUUCUCAUAUGCUGAGCACUUGUUGGCUGCAUUUCCUUCACUCUGCAGUCUGACUCAUCCCAAACAUAUCAAUUUGGUUGAGGUCGGGGGAUUGUGGAGGCCAGGUCAUCUGACACAGCACUCCAUCACUCUCCUUCUUGGUUAAAUAGUCCUUACACAGCAUGGAGGUGUGUUGGGUCAUUGUCCUGUUGAAAAACAAAUGAUAGUCCCACUAAGCCCAAACGAUGGGAUGGCGUAUCGCUGCAGAAUGCUGUGGUAGGCAUGCUGGUUAAGUGUGCCUUGAAUUCUAAAUAAAUCACAGACCGUGUCACCAGCAAAUCACCUCCACACCAUAACACCUCCAAGCUUUAGGGUGGAAAUGCAUAUAUGGAGAUCAUCUGUUCAUUCACACCACAUCUCACAAAGACACAGAGGUUGGAACCAAAAAUCUCCAAUUUGGACUCCAGACCAAAGAACAAAUUUGCAGCAGUCUAAUGUCCAUUGCUCGUGUUUCUUGGCCCAAGCAAGUCUCUUAUUGUUUUCCUUUUAGUAGUAGUUUCUUUGCAGCAAUUUGACCAUGAAGGUCUGAUUCACACAGUCUCUGAACAGUUAAUGUUGAGAUGUUUAUUUUACUUGAACUCUGUGAAGCAUUUAUUUGGGCUGCAAUUUCUGAGACUGGUAACUCUAAGGAACUUAUCCUCUGCAGUAGAGGUAACUGGGUCUUCAAUUCCUGUGGUGGUCCUCAUGAGAGCCAGUUUCAUCAUAGAGCUUGAUGGUUUUUGCGACUGCACUUGAAGAAACUUUCAAAGUUCUUGACAUUUUCCGUGUUGACUGACCUUCAUUUCUUAAAGUAAUGAUGGAUUGUCGUUCCUCUUUGCUUAUUUGAGCUGUUCUUGGGCUAUGUUCUGUAUACUCCCCUUGUCACAACAACUGAUUGGCUCAAACGCAUUAAGAAGGAAAGAAAUUCCACUUAACUUUUAACAAGGCACACCUGUUAAUUUAAAUACAUUCCAGGUGACUACCUCAUGAAGCUGGUUGAGAGAAUGCCAAGAGUGUGCAAAGCUGUCAUCAAGGCAAAGGGUGGCUUUUUGAAGAAUCUCAAAUAUAAAAUAUAUUUUGAGUUGUUUAACACUUUUUGGUUACUACAUGUGUUAUUUCAUAGUUAUGAUGUCUUCACUAUUAUUCUACAUGUAGAAAAGUCAAAAUAAAUAAACUCUUGAAUGAGGUGUUCUAAAACAUUUUACCGGUAGUGCAUAUAUGUCACAGCAGCCAUAAUACUGACCACUUAGUGCUUCAUUGCACAAAUAGAACACCACAGCAUUGUUGUAGGUCAUGAUAACAUUCUAUCUAUUGCCUAAAUUUUCCAGGAAGCUUCAAAACUUUUGUGGAAUUUGCUUUUGUGGCUUGUUCCUUGGUCACUUGAAUUUCUUUAACUUUUGAUAUGUUAUGGCUCAAAGUUUAGCUGUUCAUAAUACUGAAAAAACCAUUCCAUUAAAAUAAUAUUUUUGGAAGUUGGAAGGUUUUACUCUGAGGUAAAAAGGAAAACUGUGUGCACUAAUCAAACGGCUUGUCUUCUCUUGGGCAGAGCUCAAGUCUGUUACUAUUGAUCAGUUGGAGCUUUUCCCUCAAAAGAAAGGAAAAAACAUUGAUUGUAAUAGUACAGACUAUCCUAAAGUUAUAAUCCCUCACAAAAGCCAAUGAGAUUCUUACAUUAUCGUUUUUAUUUCCUUGUUAUUAAAGUAGAUAUGAUAUUCAAUAUAUUUUCUUCUGAGAGCUUCCUCUAUAUGUGAAUUGUAGUCAGUAAACUUCAACAAAAAUCUAUAUUGGCUGUUGUCACUUUAUGCACACCCAUGCAUAGGCCUACAUAUGCACAACAGUAUAGUCUACAUUGAUUUAUAUUCCAGCUUGUCUCUUCAUGUCUAGGUUAUGUAACAUUGCAUGUGAAGUAUUGAUGUUGCUCAUGUUAAACAGUAAAUACUAGAGCCUGCCACACCUACCAUAAAAUAUAUCUUCUUUGUUUCUUUGCAGAAAUGUUCAUAAAAAAAGACGAAGCAAUUUUAUUGAACUAUUUCAAGAUAUGCUGUUUCUUUCUCCCAAACAUGUUGGACAAGUUUGUGCAUUG